AUGUGUUCAUUUCAGACCAACACAAUCAACCCCUGAGCUCCAGCUCGUUCCUAGGAUUACUAAUCAAUAGUCGAUCAUCCAAUUCAUCGUCGCAGGGAUGUCAGACGCCAAGCAAAUCGCGGCACAGAAAAGUGCUAAAAUAGCAGCUGGAGCUGUUGUUUGUGUUGAGAGUGAGAUAAGAGGAGAUGUUACCAUUGGUGCUAGAACAGUUGUCCACCCCAAAGCACGGAUUAUAGCAGAGGCAGGGCCUAUUGUCAUUGGAGAGGGUAAUCUAAUAGAGGAGCAGGCGCUUAUCAUUAACAGUUAUCCAGAAAACAUCAUGCCAGACACAGAAGGGGUGGAGCCAAAAACAAUGACAAUUGGGACCAAUAAUGUGUUUGAAGUUGGAUGUGUCUCACAGGCUUUGAAAAUAGGAGACAACAAUGUGAUUGAGUCUAAAGCUGAUCUUGGGCGAAACGUGAUCCUGACCAGCGGGUGCAUCAUCGGGGCGUGUUGCCAGGUAAACACGUGUGAGGUCGUCCCGGAGAACACAGUCGUGUAUGGUUCAAACUGCAUCAGGCGCGUGCAGAGCGAGAAGCCACAGCCUCAGACUCUGCAGCUGGACUUCCUCAUGAAGAUUCUGCCCAACUAUCACCACCUGAAGAAGACCGCCAAAGGAGGCAGCACGCCUGUGAGAAACUAAGAUGGAGCAAUAAUACAUCCAACUACACAAAGCCAUUGCACACAUGUUUCUCUCAACUUGCACUUCUCUUACACUUGAGUGUCCCUAAUGUUUAUGAGAAUACCUCUUGAUCACAGCACGCCCUCAAUUUCUUCCUGAAUAUGAGGAAUAACACCAGUUAUUCGACAUAUGACAGCAUCUGGUUGUGCACUUUUGUUUUCAGAUCAAGCCUAUUCGUGAUAUAUUUUCAAAUUUUCCUGUGCCAUGUUAUUGAUAACACUCUUAUAUAUUUAUAAAUGUAAUAAAAAGUAAGCUAAUUAUUGAAAUAAAGAUCACACCAAGAAGCUUU